UAAUUGCAAAUUUUAGUAAAUUAUAAUACUACCUCCUAUUCUUAUUACUCGCAACAAAGUACAAGAAUGCGAAGGCCGAGGUAAAAGAUUGAAGGGGGAUUAAUUAAGGGGAGGGGUAAAGUAUUAGGGGAGUUAAAAGGGAGGAAAAGGGAAGUGGAAAGUGAGGGAGGGAAUCUUUUAGAGUGGGGAUUUCUCACUCCUUUUUUCUGAUUUAUUCCAAAAGGCUCCAAAUUUUUUGGCUCCUUAUUUUUCCCUCCUUCCCCUUUCCACAAAAAUUCAACCUUUUCUCCAAAUUCAAAUUUGUCAUUGAUUUCAAACAAAAAGACUUCAUUAUAAAGAGGUCUUCUAUCCAACUUACCCUAUUUUUUUUAAGCAAACUGUUUUGAGAAUGGGAUAAGUGGGUUGGGGGGGGGAUAAUUUCAGUAUCACAGUAUUGUUAAAACACCAACAAUUAGUUAGCAAAAUACAGGCAGCCCUACAAAUUACAUCUUCCUACAUAAUCAAAUUAAUCCUAAUUUUCAAAAGCUGUGUUAAUUCCAUCAGCAGCAUCAUAUGUACAGAAAUCAGGCUCCAUUGAAGACCGCAAAAAAAAGCCACAGUCACCAUAUCAUCACCUUCACCUAAUCUAAAAAAAAAGGACUCAUGGAUGAUUUCUUUGAUGAUGAUUUCUUUCACAUGCAUCAUCUUUAUGCACAAGAACAACAACAGACAGAGUUUUACAAUGAGGGACUCCAUGAAUGCUUCUACUCAGUAGCAGAUUCACAACAGCAACAAGGCAGCCCUUCAUGUGUCCCCUUCAACCAUUCAUAGAUUAAGGAAAAAGGGUAGGCUCAGAACACAUACAACAAACAAUCAUCCAACACUAUCAGAAAAUCACAAAGUUGCCAGAAUGAAGUGGGUUCUAAGCUGGGUGAACCCUGCUCCAUCCUUAGGGGACCCUACUUUCAUUGACAUGCAAUACACAAUUCACAUAGAUAAGAAAUGGUUUUUUUUAACCCUGAAACCAGAACGUUUUACUUGCUGCCUAAUGAAGAGAACCCUUAUAGAGCACAGCAGUCAAAGAGAUUCAAACUCAAGGCAAUGUUCAUGGGCAUGGUUGGAAAGCCUUUAUAUGAUGAACACAAGAAUAUGUUGCAUGAUGGGAAAUAUGGGUUAUUCCCUUUUGUGAAAUAUGAGAUGGCAAAGAAGAAGAGCAAAAAUAGGGACAAAGGCACAUUGGAAACAAAGGCAAUACGGUCUGUGAACAUUCAUGCUAUAAGGGAAAUGUUACUCAAUCAUGUACUGCCAUCAUUGUAUGAAAAGUGGCCUGCACAACUACCUAAGAAUGUUACAAUUCAAUGGGACAAUGCAAGACCCCAUCAAGUGCCUAAUAAUCCUGAGUUUCAAGAAGCAUGUCAAGCAUAUGGGUUUAACAUCCAAUUUGUGUAUCAACCAGCUCAGAGUCCAGAUUUAAAUGUUUUAGACUUAGGUUUAUUUAGGGUGAUUCAAUCAAUUCAAUAUCAGUCAUUCCCUAAGAACCUAGAUGAGCUAAUUGCAAAGGUGGAUGAGGCAUGGAAUUCAUUUGAUUUAACUGUCAACAAGUACACUUGGAUAACACUACAAAGUUGCAUGCUUAAAAUUCUGGAGAAGAUGGGAGGGAACAACUUUGUCCCUCCACAUAUGAAAAAAAGGCAUUUGGAUAGUCUAAGUCUACUACCAGACUUGUUAGAAUUGGACAGGGAUCUUCUAAACAGUGUAGUUAACUACUUGAACACAAUUGAAGUUCAAACAACCAACAACCAUUAACAAGAAGCUAACAUGGAAGUGGAUGCAGAUUAAGCAACAGGGGACUCUUUACUCAAGCUUUUGGGACACAAAGACUGCCACACAUAACCACUCAUCCCUAAACUUUAUUUUUUUUGUUUUAGUUUAAGUUUUGGUUAUGUGUAUUUUGGUAAAUAGCAAGUCCAUAUUUAAUGGCAGUCUUGUACUAAGGAAAACUUGAUCAAAGUAAACUUUUGUAAGUAACAAAGACCAUUUGUAAUGAUGAAAAUCA